AUGACUUUGUUCCUGCAUGAGUAUGUCAUGUUUCUUGGUGAACCAGCGUUCGCCGACCUGCAGGUCUGGAUGACAGACUUCCGAGACAGGCUUCGCAUCCGAGCUGAGUCCCAUCACUCUACUUGCACGACAUGCGUCAAACACCGGUUAAUCAUCCGUCGGCUACCGCGUGGCCCAGGCCGCCUUGCCCAGGUUUCUCUCUACAAGGCCCAUUUGGCCCGUCAGUACAGGGACCGACAAGUCUAUUGGUCGCACAGAUCAAAAAGUCGAACGGAAGCCACUUCGGGUGCACCAGUGACGCACUGUUCACUGAUAGUAGACGGGAUGGAUCAAGCAAAACACUGCUAUCCCAAAAGCCAGGCAGUUCAAGCAAAGGAAUUUGCUUCCUGGAGCAGACCCAGGCUCCAGGCCACCACAUGCAUUGCCCAUGGACAUGCCAUCGUUGUUGGGUUAAGCCCUCAAAACACAAAAUCCAGCGGGUCCCGAACCUUGGAGUUGAUUGCUUACAUGAUGACGAAGCCUCUGAACCACAUUCACUGGUCCAAUUGCUUCCUCCACCUGGAGGCCGACAACGCAACGAAGGAGAUAAAGCAUCAGACGUCCCUCAGGAUGUUGGCGACCCUCAUCGGUCUUCGCCGUCUUCGUGGCUGUGAGCUGAAUUUCCUCAGCUCCGGCCACAGCCACGAAGACGUUGACGCUCACUUCAGCCUAACAUCAUCCUACUUGGACAGACAUCCCGAACUGUGGUGCAUCGAGGACUUCCGAAGCUGUUUGCAGCAGUUCCUGGCAAAUCCAUCCGUCAGAGUUCAUGAACCCAAACGCGAAGUUAUUGUGUUUGAUUCCUUCCACGAUUGGAAAGCUCACUUCGCGUCUCAUUUGCACAACGUCUACCUCCGCGGCAUAGGCGGCGCGGGCGCGCCACAUCUCUUUCGCUUAGAAAGGAUUGCAGAUGCAGGACUUCGGCACGAAGAUCUGAGCACGAAGUUUUGGCGCAGACGGAGGGUGGCCUUCAGUCCUGGUGAUGUCAUCUUGAGGACAAAAAGAUUUUUGUCGAGUCCAGAAUACCAGCAGCCAGCGUUCUUGUACUUGCCCGCCUGCGUGGCCAUGGAAAUGUCCACUGCUUCUCCUCCUCCAGUCUAUGAGCAUGACCCAGUGAACACGGAGUGCGAGGAGAGUAAGGCAUUGCGGAGAUACGCCAGCAUCCUUCGCCAGCAUCCUUUUAGUAUGGAGAGUGCGGCUAUACGCAUUGAUGACUUGGCAAACAAUGUCAUUGGUCGCUAUCCCAUCUUGGAUGUCUCAAUGUGCAUCCCCAAUGGUGGCCUCGCAGUUGGCCCUGGCGUCCGCUAUGAACCUCCAGCGCGAGGGCAGGACUUGGAAGCUGCUCCAAACCGGAUGAACUUGAUUGCUGAGAAGCCUGAUGCGGCUGAGAGACGGAAAUAUAGAAACGCACGAAUGAAUGCAGCACUGUACCGGGCUGCGGCCCUUCUAUGGUCAAAGGGGGUUGAUAUGGCAACAGCUAUAUCUGUGGUAGAAUCGGCCAUGCGAGAUUCCGGUGAAGUCUGA